AUCUAAGGCGUUGUGUAAUUUGGAAUUUUCACUGUUAUUAAACUGACUUUAAGGGACUGUAUAAGGCAAGUACAGUCCACUCAAAGCUAAGGUGUAGCCUGCGUGUGCGUGUCGACAUGAUUUGAAUUUCCUUGACGUUUGAAAGGGGAGACCACAGUUUGCAUCUCCAUACAAACAAACAUGUUCGCAAAAGCUGUAAUACUACUGCCUGUCAGAAGUUAUCUCAGGACAGCAAAUAGUGUCUCCGUGAGGCAUUUGUAUUGCACUCACCUGAAAUCUUCAAGCGUAAGGGUAUUGUAUGAUGGGGAGUGCCCGGUAUGCGUGAAAGAGAUACAUUUUCUGCAGUUCCUGCAGAAGAAUCGACCAAACAAAGUAGACUUUGUGGAUAUAUCUCUUCAAGAUUACGAUGGAGCCCACUAUGGUGGGAUCAGCUACGACAAGGCAAUGGAGGAAAUGCAUGUGAUCGAUGAAAAUGAUCAGGUCCACGUAGGCGUGCCGGCCUUCAGUGUGAUGUACACCGCUGUGGGGCUGGGCUGGGUGGGGCGCCUUAUAUCGUGGCCUUACAUCCGGCCCCUGAUGGACAAAGCCUACGCCGUCUUCGCCAAAAACCGCCUCCGCUGGACCGGCCGGGAGGAGUGCACUACGGGACGCUGCGUGAAGAAGAACAAUUGAGGGAGAAAAGAAUGCGAUGCCGAGGAAGAGGAAGUCCAAUCGGUUAUUUUGGGGUGUGAAGAGAGGCCUCCGUCUGAACUGGGCUUUGCCACAUGUGCCAGAGCCUAAACAGCUCAAGACCAAUUUGUUUUGCGGCUUGAGUUCUGGACCAUUUUGCACUACAUUUACUAAGCUGAGCAGUGAAAACAGAGGCCGCCAUCGUCGUGUUUGGAUCAUGAGAGUGGAUACCGUGUGCCCAUUGGUUGUUGAGGGCACACCUAGGCAUAGCUAGAAAAGCAAAGGACACAAAUAAUCUUUCGGUGACAUCCAGAGAGGAAGCAGCAUGUGAUAAGAAUGUGCACAUGGUGUACCCAGCAGCCUAGCAUACUCAUAGCAAUGGCCCUGGUGUUUACUAAACAGGAGCCAGCAAUGGCCAGUAAAUCUCCCCGCUCACUGGCAUAAACCGCUCAACCUCAUGCUGCUGCUAGAGUGGCUGCCAAGUUAUUUAUUUUAUUCAGUACAUAAGUAUAAAUAUAUAUAUAAGUAUACUUACAAGAGUAUAAGUAUAAUAUAAGUAAGUAUACCUAUAUUAUACUUAUAUAUGCUUAUUUAUUUUAUUCAGUACAUCACUGUCAGGUUUCCUCCACGACUCUCAGAAGCAAAAUGUGUACAUAUUUCUGUAGCACUGGUUAUUUAUUUGAUCCAGUCUCUGGUAAAUAAACAUGACGUCAGUACUGUCCUGCUCAACGUGUGAGAAUUCAGAGUGCUGUUUCUCUUAUUUUAGAACACAUGACCUUCCAUGCUGGCCAGAGAAAGUGACCUACAGGAAGGAAUGUGGGGGUGGAGCGCCUGAUUGGGUCAUUAGAGUGCAACUUUGGGUGGGACUGCUCUGGGGCUAGCCAAUCAGACAGCUGUCUUGGAAGAGGGAGGAGGGAGAUUAAGUAUCACAACACAAGCUUGUGUGUGCCGAUACAGCAGAAAACUCUCAGGGCAAUAACACAGACAUGUUCUGUUAGCAUCUGAGCCACAAACGUGUCUCCGUCUGCAGAAAGAAGGAGAUAGAGGAGUGAGCUUCAGGGAACCGGUGAUACUGGCACCUAAGCCAAUCCAGACACAGGUCAGAGGUCCCGUGAGGUCGCAUUUGCUUGUGGCCGGCCGCUUCCGUUCCCCAAUGGGUCGCUACCUCAGUGCAAACUUUGUGACUUAUCUAGGAGAGAAGAGGCUAAGAUGUUACACUAAGAUAAGCACUCUGAGAAGAACCUGUCUGAAAAGUGUGAGGGCUAAACAGAAGCACUUGAACUCAGGAUCCAGUGGUCAGUUUGCAGACAUAGGAAGGAAGGUGACCCAUGAGACCACCCUGUGCUCACAGGCUGUGCGACUGUACUCCACCUCCAGCAGGAAUGUAUUCAAAUCAGAGCCUCCCAUUGGCAUCCACCAGGAGGAGAAGCCUUCCUCUCUCCAGCUAAGUGUGCUGGGUUUGCGUCUCGGAGAGUCCUUUCAGCGUCUGUCCAAACAUAUCAAUUUCUAUUUCAAGAGCAAAGACCUGUCCGUAGCAUCAAGUCUUGGGAAUAGUGGUUUGGUUUACACCUUCCACGAACCUCAGCGAAGACAACAGAGGCAUUCCCAUAGUCCGAGGGCAGGCAAGGACAGGACACCACUGGAGGGAAAGAGAAGUAGUCUGAGGCCAGUGGCAGCUCUACACAGCACAGCCGAGCGUCAUGAGGACCAGACACCCUCCAGACUGGCCACAGCAGAGCGUCAUGAGGACCAGACACCCUCCAGACUGGCCACAGGGCUGCAGCUAUUUCAUAUCAGUUCGCUCGCUACCAGGUUUGGGGAGAGUUACAACUACGUUGCGAAUCACAUUAACUCUGUUUUCUCUACAAGUCCAGCACGAGAUCUUCAUGCCAAGACAGCGGUGGAUGGAUCACGGUUUAGCACAGUGAGACAUGGUAGACGGAGAAAAACCCUUAAAGUCACCACCGAUGUCAGCCAGCCAUCAGUGAAUGACGUUGUUUCAAUCAGUGCCCAUAAGGACAAUGCCAAGACUACUGAAGUGUCCAGCUCUUGUGCCCAUAAGGACGAUGCCAAGACUAAUGAAGUGCCCGGCUCUUGGGAGGAGGGGUACCUCCACUUUGCUCACCACAUUAACCGUUACUUUGGAGCCAAAGUUACAGACUCUGUAUCCGUUAGCACGACACAGCAGAACAGCAGGUACGACACGGAACCCAAGCAGACUAGUCCGUCAGCACAGCCCACAUCGCCUGGCCUCUUUCACCUCAGCAACAUAACAACAAGCUUUGGUGCAAACCAUGCACACAUGGCCAGUCACAUAAACCACUAUUUCAAAGGCCAGCCGGGCUUCGAGGAUGACCUAGACGGAGAUUACGUGAACCAAACGGUGUUGACCGUAAGCAGUGGUCAACAGGAGAAGCCAUCUUCCUUCAUGCACUACCUGCUGCACUCCACUGCAGCUAUCCCAGAUCUGAUAGGCAGCUAUUUGGGAGUGGGCUCCAAGAACCAGGGGGCUCAGGCGCCCACCGGAGACGUGCCGACAGCAACCAGGUCAGCCAGGUCGGAAAGACUGGUUUUGGGCCAGGAUCAAGCAGAGGAGAUGACAAAGGUCCUCUUAGCGAACCUGAGGAGCGCCACUGCAUCAGCUUCCGUCAUUGCUUGCGCAGAGGAGCUGAACAGACAUCUUAUAGCACACCCAGCAUGCAAGGCAAUGGUGUGGCAGGAAAAGCUGCCGUUGCAGCUGUUGAAAUAUCGACGGAACUACACUGGAGAUGUAAAGCUUCAGAGAGCCCUUAGGGAAACCAUGGCUCUGAUUGGUUACCUGGACCCAGUCAGAGGGCGGGGCGUGAGGAUGCUCUCCAUUGAUGGAGGCGGCACAAGGGGAGUUGUUCCGCUUGAAGUGCUGAAGGUGAUAGAGGCCCAGACAGGCAGGCGAAUACACGAGCUUUUUGACUACAUCUGUGGAGUAAGCACAGGCGCUGUGCUGGCAUUUAUGAUCGGUCUGGGGCGCUUCUCUCUGGACGACUGUGAGGAGAUGUACAGGCGCUUUGGAUCGGACGUUUUCAAACAGAACCCCCUGGUUGGAACAGUAAAGAUGGGCUGGAGUCACUCGUACUACAGCACCGAGACCUGGGAGACUUUACUAAAGGAGAAGAUGGGUGAGAGGGUUCUGAUUAAAACUGCUAGGAGUGAGAUCUGUCCCAAAGUGUCUGCCGUGAGUGCAGUGGUGAACUGGGGGACCAGCCCCAAGGCCUUCAUCUUCAGGAAUUAUAACCACGCUCCAGGGCGCCUCAGCCGAUAUCCAGGGGGCUCGGCGUACAAGCUGUGGGAGGCCGUGCGGGCCUCUUCUGCGGCCCCCGGCUACUUCCGGGAGUUCCCCCUACACAGCGAUAUCCAUCAGGAUGGAGGUCUGAUCCAGAACAACCCGUGUGCGCUGGCAGUGCAUGAGUGCAGACUGCUCUGGCCUACUCAGCCCUUCCAGUGCGUGCUGUCGCUGGGGACCGGCCGCUACGACAACACCCAGAGAGGGCCAGCAACAUCCACCAGCCUCCGCGCCAAGCUCAGCCACCUGAUCUACAGCGCCACAGACACAGAGGGUGUUCAUACUCUCCUGGAUGACCUGCUGGAGGAGAAUGUUUACUUCCGGUUCAACCCCAUGCUGAGCGCAGAGGUGUCCCUGGACGAGAGCCGCGUGGAGGUGCUGGACCAGCUGAAGUCGGACACUCUUCUGUAUCUGGAGCGGAACAAGCUGAAGCUGGAUCUGCUGUGCAUGGUGCUGCGGGCGGAGCGCAGCACACUGUCCAAGAGCAAAGACUGGCUCAGUGAGAGGGCGUGGGAGCUGCGCCACCGCUGGGUCUGAACUGACCCCCCCACACACACACACACACACACACCCGCUCUGGAAUGAAAGGUCAAAUGAUCUAGUUCUGGAAGACACAAGAUUUCAUGACUGAAAUGGUGUGAUGGCCACGGAGUUGGCAAUCAGAGGUGAUUAUUAAAGAAUGGAGGACUUUGUCCUUGAGAUGUAUUUUACAUUCAAGCAAUGAAUGAAACCAAUGCAAAUGAGUCUUCAUUCGAGUUGGAAUGACAGUCUUGAAGGGUAAGAUGCAUAGCAGUAAAGAAUCAUUUGAAGCACUUUAACAGACUUGGAGACCAGGCACAAAGCUGUGGGCACAAACAAAAUAUAUCAGUUUUAUAAUAUUUGCACUGAAAGAUACAUAGAUAGACAGAUAGAAAAAUAGAAACUCUUGUCUCAUUAGAGUAACUAUGUUUGUGUGUAGCCCUUGUUUCUUGGCUUCUUUCUAUCAUUUUAAAGGAAACUGGCAGUAGACACACACACACACACACACACACACACUAAAGGGCUUACAUAAGAGAUUUUAUGAAACAGGUGCUGUAUUCUGGUAAAGUCCAAAACAAUGCUAGUGUAAUAUAUUGUGGAAAAAAUGCACUUAACGCCAAAGUUAUCUACCCACUGUCACUUAUCAGGGGUGUAAUCUGAGUACUUGAAGCAAUACAAUGCAGUCAUAAUGUUGUGCCAACUACUUGCAUAUAUAUGUGUUAUAUUUACAGGUAUAUUUAUGUAUUUAACACUUAUUAUGUAUAAGACACUUAUUUAUACCUUACAUUUUCUUAUAUGCAAUAAAGAUAUUUUCUCAGGACA